AAAACCCAAAAUUAUUGGAAACUAAAGAAGGAUUUGCUCUUCCUCAUAGAGAAGUUCAGGCAAGGCCUUUUUUCCUCUUCAGGAUAAAGAUGGUUUCCUCUGAAACACGAAACAAACUUAUCCAUCAAGCCACUUGUUUCUGUCUGUUAGCAAUCUUGAUUCAUCCAACAACCUCCAGUGAUCUGUUUCGUGUUGGUCUGAAGAAGAGACGGCUUGAGCUCGAUGAUAUCAGGAAGCUGAAAUAUUCACAACACCCCACCACAGAUGACCAGUCUUUUGCUGUUGUAGGAGGUGAUUCUAGUGAACAAAACCAGGUGAUUCUUAAAAACUUCUUGGAUGCUCAAUACUACGGAGUUAUUGGAAUUGGAACGCCUUCGCAGGAAUUUGAAGUUAUAUUCGAUACUGGAAGUUCCAAUCUCUGGGUUCCAUCUUCAAAAUGCUACUUCUCUCUGGCUUGUUAUCUCCAUCCCAAGUACAAGUCAACGAAAUCCAAAACAUACACCAAGAAUGGAAAGACGUGUACAAUAACUUAUGGGUCGGGGUUGAUCUCUGGCUUCUUUAGUGAGGACAAUGUGAAAGUUGGUGAUCUUGUAGUUAAGAAUCAGGAGUUUAUCGAAGCUACAAGCGAAGGGAGUCUUUCUUUUCUCCUUGGAAAGUUUGAUGGUCUACUCGGGUUAGGAUUUCAGGAGAUUUCAGUCGGAAAUGCCGUACCAAGUUUUCACAACAUGGUGGAUCAAGGUGUUGAUCCGGCCCACUUCAAAGGCAACCACACCUAUGUCCCUGUCAUUAGAGAAGGCUAUUGGCAGUUUAACAUGGGAGAUAUCUUAGUCGGUAACAACUCAACUGGUUUUUGUGAGCAAGGUUGUGCUGCAAUUAUGAACUCAGGAACUUCACUACUUGCUGGACCAACUACUGUUAUCACGCAAAUUAACCACGCAAUUGGCGCUGAGGGCAUUGUAAGCGCGGAGUGCAAGGGUGUUGUCUCUCAAUACGGAGAAAUGAUAUGGGAUCUUUUAGUAUCAAAGGACGGGAAUAAAAACAGUGGUGGAGAAAGAAACAUCAUCACUUCUAUGUGAAGUUUGUGAGAUGACUGUUGUUUGGGUUCAAACAAAACUGAAACUGAAUGAAACCAAAGAGAAAGCGUUUGAAUACGUAAACCAGCUUUGUGAGAGCCUUCCAAGUCCCGCAGGUGAAUCAAUUAUCGACUGCAAGAACAUCGAAAACAUGCCAAAUGUUACAUUCACAAUUGGAGUACAUUCUCAAAACUGGAGUAGGCUAUGCUGAGAUGUGCAUAAGCGGGUUUUCGGCUUACGAUUUGCCUCCACCGACUGGUCCUCUCUGGAUUAUUGGGGAUGUCUUUAUGGGAGCCUACCACACCGUAUUUGAUUCAGAAAAUCUUCAAAUCGGAAUCGCAGAAGCUACAUAAACUUAUGUACACCAGUUUAUCUAUGUAUGGUUAUCCGUAUAUAUAAGUACGUUAUGUAUCGAUGACUCCAUGUAAUAAUCUCUAUCAGAACUUUUAAGAUAAUAUAGUUACGUACGUACGUUCC